GCCCGGGCGCGGGCCGGGGGUCCCGCGGCGCUGCCAUGGUGCGCGCGCUCGUGCUGCUGGCGCUGGGCGGCCCCGAGACCCCCGGCCCCGCCCCUUCGGGCCGCGCCCCCUGCCGCGUGCUGUACGCGCGAACCUUCGGAAGCCCUCCCGAGCCGGGGACCCCCCCCCGGCAGCGCCUUCGCCGUAAGGAGCAGCUGCUGGCCGUGGCCAGACAAGUGGCCUCCCAGUGCCGCCUCCUCCAGUCGUCCUCAGCUCGCCCCUUGUCCCCCCAACUCCCCCAGCUCCCAGACGACCCCAUCCCUCUCCAGGACGCCCCAGGGGGGCUUUUCCAGCUGCCCCCUGGCGACCCCUUCCCCGAGAGGGUGACAGUGGCCUGGCUGUCAGUGGUGGCCGUCGCCUUGGCCUUGGUUUGUGACCCCCAGGAGAACCUUUCGCUGGCCGAGAUCACCUUACGCCGCUUGGCUCCUCGUCUGCUCCACUCCCUGCACCUCCUGGGCCCCGGUGCCGAUGUCCUGCUGCGACCUGAGGUGGCUGAUGGGCUCCUGGAUCGGCUCCUGCCUCAUGGGGAGAUGCUUUUCCUCAACCAGCAUUUCCUCCAAGCUGUAGACCGAGAGCUGGGCAUCAAAAUAGUUCGUUGAGCUGAGACUCAGCAUCGUGCUGGGGGGGAGAGGGGCUGAGCCCCAAGGGGGGGAUGGUCCAGAGCCAAGUGGCUUGAGAAUAAAAGAGCAAAG